AUGGCAACUGCACCACAGCCAAAAGACCUCCCCGUCGACCCUAAAUACGACCACUACAGCUUCCCCACGUCGGCUCCUACGCCUCAAGCUGGUCACCCGGGCUAUACCACCACCGAGCAGGAUGCUCAGGUCUUCCAGCUACGGUCUCUGUUGGAGGAGGCUGGCUGCAAGGAGAGACUAGACACGCUGACCUUGUUGCGGUUCCUGAGAGCUAGGAAGUUCAAUGUCGAGGCGGCGAAGACCAUGUUUUUGGCUUGCGAGAAAUGGAGAGCGGAGUUUGGCACAGAUACUUUGGUUGCGGAUUUUGAUUAUUCGGAGAAGGCAGCAGUGUUUGAGUAUUAUCCUCAGUAUUACCACAAGACCGACAAGGAUGGACGACCCGUGUACAUCGAACAGUUCGGCAAGAUCGACCUUACAGCCAUGUACAAAAUCACAUCCAGUGAGCGAAUGCUCAAACAUCUAGUAUGCGAGUACGAGAAGCUCGCAGACAACCGUCUCCCCUCCUGCGCCCGAAAAUCCGGCCACCUGCUCGAAACCUGCUGCACAAUAAUGGACAUGAAGGGCGUGGGCAUCUCAAACGCCUCUUCCGUCAUCGGAUACGUCCGACAGGCCUCUGCCAUUUCUCAAAACUACUACCCCGAGCGUCUUGGAAAGCUCUACAUUAUCAACGCCCCAUGGGGAUUCAGUACGGUCUUCGGCAUGGUCAAGGGUUUCUUGGACCCCGUGACCGUCAAGAAGAUCCAUGUCUUUAGCUCCGGAUAUGAAUCAGAGCUCCUCUCUCAGAUCCCCGCUGAGAACCUGCCCGUUCAGUUUGGUGGCAAGUGUGAUUGCGAGGGUGGUUGCGGGUUCAGUGAUAUGGGACCAUGGCAUGACCCCAAGUGGGCUUCAGCUGCUCCCAAGGAGGCUGCUGCUACCAAGACGGAGGAGACAGCUGUGCCAGCUCCUCCAGCUCCAACGGAGGAAAAGAAGGAAGAGAAGGUCACUGCUGAAGACACCACUGCUACAGCCGCUGCUGCUGCACCUGCACCUGCAGCACCUACAGCUUAG